AUGGCCUUGUCUGAUGCUGAGAUCCAGAGUGCCCGUGGUGCCUGGGCAAAGCUCUAUGCAAAUGCUGAGGACAAUGGAGCGACUGUGCUUGCUAGGAUGUUUACAGACUAUCCUGAAACCAAAUCUUACUUCUCCCAUUUCAAGGGAAUGGGGUCUGCUGCAGAAAUGGAGGGGUCAUCUCAAGUUCGAAACCAUGGAAAGAAGGUGUUUAAUGCUCUGAAUGACAUGGUGCAACAUCUGGACAGCAUGGAUGCUUUAAAUGGAAUUGCCAACCCUCUAGGCAAGAAACAUGCCACACAGCUCAAAGUGGAUCCGAAAUACUUCAGAGUCAUCUGCGAUGUUAUUCUGCAAGUCAUGGAGGAGAAAUGUGGUGGGGAUGCCAGAGCAGCAUUCGAUAAGGUGACCAAUGUUGUGUGUUCCCAACUGAGUGCCGCCUACUAA